GCAUGGAGCUGCAUAAAGCUGCACGUGCACCGGGAUCGUCGGGAUGUCUCCGUCAGGGCGUCCCAACACGGUCCGGCUUGUAUUCCUGGGAGCAGCGGGGGUUGGCAAGACCGCGCUCAUCCACCGAUUCCUCCACGACGGAUUCGAGCACAAGUACACGCGCACUGUCGAGGAGCUUCACGUGCUCGAGUAUGACACCGCGGGCUCUGAGGAGAAGAUGCGGCUGGAGAUACUGGACACGAGCGGCAGCUACUCGUUUCCGGCUAUGCGGGAGCUCUGCAUCCGACACAGCGACGCCUUCGCCCUGGUGUACGCGGCAGACGAGCCCGACUCCUUCGAGGAGGUGCGUCGACUGCGCGCCGAGAUUCUGGAGCUGCGCGGCGGCGGCAGGAGCGUGCCCAUCACCGUGGUCCGCAGCAAAGCGGAUCUGACCGAGAGCGAAGGUCGAGCCCCGGUUGCCUGUGACGCCAUGGCCACGGUGGAGGCUGAGUGGGGCGCAGACUUCGUGGAGGCGUCCGCGAGCACGGGCAGAAACGCGGUCGGGGUGUUCAGCUCGCUGCUGCAACAGGUGAACCUGCCGCCACGACUGAGCCCCGCGGCGUGGACACGCAGAGACACCGUGCCUGGGCCCCGAGCUAGGAAGAGACCCUCGCCGAAGAAGCACAACAGCUGUGUUCUGUCGUAGAAACCGCUGCAGCUGGACUGCGCCUGCUCAGUUUCGAGCCCGUUCUCACUCUAAAAUGUUACGCUUUGGAGCGUGUUGCAGUUUAACACCUGUUCACGGGUGACGGCUCCUCGGGUCACUUUAAUGUGUCUGAAAGCCAGCGGGGCCUGUAAUGCUCAUAGUUUAAGGGGAGCAAACGGGAUGAUGCACUUUAUUUGAGUCCUGUUUUGUGUGUACAUUUUUAUAUGGUGUCAGUAAAAUAACUUUGUUGUAAAA